GGGGCGGCCGUGAGGGGAGCGGGGCCCGCCAUGAAAUGCGUGAUCGGGGCCGCGCAGCUCCGAGUGUUUGGAAGAGCAAUACAUGCCAUAGCACGGAUUAGUGAUGAAUUUUGGUUUGACCCCGUAGAAAAAGGUCUUGCCUUGAGAUCAGUGAAUUCCUCGAGGUCAGCCUAUGCCUGUGUGUUCUUCUCAUCCAUGUUUUUCCAGCAUUACUGCUGGACAGCCGUGUCCCAGCCGUGCCACAAGGAGCAGCAGUUGUCCCUGCCCUGUAAAUUGAUCAUUAAGUCAGUUCUUCCUGUGUUUAGAUGUGUGAAUGUGCUGGAAAGGAAUGUAGAGAGAUGCAGCAUCUCCACCAACCCCAGUGAGCACCACAUCACCUUCCAGCUCCUCUGCAGGCACGGUCUUGUAAAAACCUAUAACCUGACAUUUCAAGAGUGUGAUCCCUUACAGGCUGUUUUUGCAAAGCACAUGUGUCCAAACAUUCUCAAAGUCCACUCCAGGCUGCUGGCUGAUGUGAUGAUUCACUUCCCAACCAGUCAGGAAGAAAUAACCUUGUCAGUAACUCCAGUGAAAGUUUGUUUCAAGAGUUACACUGAGGAAGACACUGACUUUUCAAGGACAAUGCUUACUGAGAUACAGCUCAGUCCAGAGGAAUUUGACUACUUUCAAGUUGGAGUAGAUUCUGAAGUGACAUUUUGCCUUAAAGAAUUGAGGGGGCUGCUGGCGUUCUCCGAAGCUGCGAGCGUUCCUGUGUCCAUCCACUUCGACAGAUGUGGCAAACCCAUUGCUUUCAGCAUUGAGGACCUGCUGCUGGAGGCCAGCUUCAUCCUGGCUACCUUGUGUGAGGCUGAGAAGGAAGCAGCUUCCCCAGAGCCUGCCUGCUGCCCACAGCCCUGGCACAGCUCCAGGACUGGCAUGGAUAAUCCUGACCAGACCUCCAUGGAUGGAGCCAGCAACGCAGACACAGCCACUUCCAAAAAGCCACAGCAGAAGGGAAACGCUCCAAGCAUGAACUCGGCAAAAGAAGAGGUAAAAAACAUUCCCAGAGGCCCAGAGAGGGAUGUGCCAGGCAGAGCAGGAGCAGCCAUGGCUGAGGCAGCAGCAGGAGAGGCCACAGAGGCUCCUUAUGAGAAGUUCCACUCCUUAUUCUUUGGAGCUGUCUCUUACAAGAAGGAGGCCAUUGGUGACACCUUCCAGAGUUUGGUGACAGCCAGUGACACUGAGGAGGAGUUUGGUGCCUUGCAGAGCUCCCAGGUUCUGUAGUGCAGAGUUGGGCUCCAAGGACAGACAGGAGGGGAGGGCAGUGGGGGCCCAGCAGCACAGAACCUUCUGGAAAUGUCAGUGCUCUGCUAAUGGCACAGAUUUAGUUCAGGAUUGACUCUGUUGAGGUUUGUGUGUUCUGCAGGAGCUGCUGGGGGUUCUGCUCUCAGAACUCUCACUGGAAAGAGGCUCAGGUUGAUUCAAACUCUGUUACCACAUCAGGCAAAUGAAGCUGCUGUUCUGGUGAAGGGUGCUGGAAAAAUAACCCAGCCCAGCUCCAGGAGAACUCAGGUUUUUACAGACUGCAG